CGAAACCUUAACCCUGUCUGACCGCCGACAGGACAGAGUGGCUUUGUUCUUCUAACACACGGAUUAGCCAUCGAUCCACCGCCACCCUAAGCGCUCUAAUUUGCCGGAAAAGUUGCUGCGACUUCACCAUCACAGUCACUUUUGAGAUCUCCUCUCCACCAAACGCCACCGACCGGCUUCAAAUCCUCCUUCCCCAAUACCAAUUCCACCAACCCCUCGCUCGAGACGGCCAUGAAGGAUUCAGGGAGCGACGCUUCGGCGGCGGCGGCGGAGCGGGAGCUGCCGCUGAGCCAGAAGGCGGUCAAGGUGCUCGGGAAUGUGUGCUUCUCCGCAUUCGUGCUCUCCGUGCUCGUAUUCACCGUCAUCGCCGUCACGUACCAGCCCCCCGACCCCUGGCUCGACUCCCCCAAGGCCAUCAUCUCCAAGUCCCUCGCCGCCACUCUGCCAAACGCCACCUUCCGCACCGACGACUCCGUCCUCCCCACCGGUGAAGACCUGGUCCCCGUUCCGCCCCGAAAUGACACCGCCGCUGAUGCCGCCAACGACACAAUCCCCGCCGAUCCCACCAACGACACAAACCCCGCCGAUCCCGUCAACAAUGCCACCGCCGCCGACGGCGCCUCUGUGCUCCUUCCCUCGCUGCCGCCUCCGGCGUCGGACUGCGACGCCGACGCCCCGAUCAACUGCUCCGACCCCCGCGCCCUCGUCGCCAUCCGGCGCUUCAACGCCCGGGUAUUCCGCCGCUCCAUCGUCUUCCUCAGCUACGAGAAGCCCGUCCCUGGAUCCGCCUCUGGCGAGUGCGAUGCGGCCUGGCGCUUCCGAAACCGACGCGAAAAGUCCUGGCGCCGCUACAGAGACUACCGCCGCUUCCGCCUCGUGCCCGCCGACAACUGCACCUACGAGGUCGUAUCCGCCGGCAAGUUCCGCUCUGGCGCAAACGCCGCCCCGAAGCCCUUGCCGUCUCGCCGGUCCUCUUCCCCCUCCUCUCCCGCCCAGAUCCUUGAUGCCGAGAUCAAUGACACCAUCCCGACGCUCGGAUCUGACUCCGAUUUCCGGAAAGGGAAGUACCUCUACUACACCCGUGGCGGCGACUACUGCAAGGGGAUGAAUCAGUACUUGUGGAGCUUCCUCUGUGCCCUCGGCGAAGCCCAAUUCUUGAAUCGGACGUUAGUGAUGGAUCUCAACAUUUGCCUGGCCUCCACUUACAAUCCUAGUGGCCGGGAUGAGGAGGGCAAGGAUUUCCGAUUCUACUUUGAUUUCGAGCACCUCAAAGAGUCGGCGUCAUUGGUGGAGGAGAGCGAGUUCUUGAGAGACUGGCGACGGUGGGAGCGCUCCUCUGGCCGGAAGACCGGUGGCAAGAUCACUGUCCAUAAGGUGCCAACAUACAAGGUCACACCUAUGCAGCUCAAGAAGGACAAGAGCACCAUCAUCUGGAGGCAGUUUGAUGGGCCGGAGCCCGAGAAUUACUGGUACCGCGUGUGUGAGGGACGAGCAGCUAAGUACAUUCAGCGGCCGUGGCAAGCCAUAUGGAAAUCCAAGCAUCUGAUGAACAUCGUUUCACAGAUUGCUGGGAGGAUGGACUGGGACUACGAUGCUGUCCAUGUGGUCCGGGGAGAGAAGGCCAGAAACAAGGAGCUGUGGCCCAAUCUAGAUGCAGACACCUCGCCUGAGGCUCUAGUGCAAAAGCUUCUGAAGGUGAUACGACAAUGGAGGAAUUUGUAUAUCGCUACAAAUGAGCCAUUCUAUAACUAUUUCGAUAAGUUGAGGUCUCAUUAUAAGGUGCAUUUGCUUGAUGAUUAUAAGGAGAUGUGGGGGAACACAAGUCAGUGGUAUAAUGAGACAAUGGUUCUAAAUAAUGGGCGUCCCGUGGUGUUUGAUGGGUACAUGAGGGUGGCAGUGGACACAGAGGUGCUGUAUAGGGCAAAGAAUCGAGUGGAGACGUUCAAUAACCUGACGAGGGACUGUAAAGAUGGUAUCAACACGUGCUAGCAUUGGCAUGAAAAAAAGGAUCGGAGGCUGAAAAGCUGUGGAUACUCUUCAUGUUUGUGUGAGUCCUGGACAAGUACUUGUUGAAGAAUUCCUCUUCUGUCCGUUUCAAUUUGGAGUUCAAACAUUGAACAUUUUCGAUCUGUAUCAUGUUCUAUUAUUUGCUUCUUUCCUGCUCUUUUGUGGUAAUAUAUCUCUUUGUUGGUAACA